AUGAAAGGAUUCCGACGACCACCGCGCUGGCUGCCUCUGGUGACGCCCGUCGCGGCUCUGCUCGCCUCGGCCCCGCUUCCUCGCGUCGCCGAUCCGGAGCACGUCCAAUCUGUGUACCAGCGCCUCCUCGCUGCGAGCGAGCUGGUCGACGCCGGCACUGGCCGCGUCGUCCUUUCGAGCGCGGAUCUUGCGAGGGCCCGCGCCGACAUGCACCUGCAGCCGCGUUCCGAGGACGUUCCUGCCAAGCCUCCGGGCGCGUUUCUGCCAGCCGAGGUCUUGGCCGAGGACCCGGUCGAUGUGACGGAGCUGGUGCUGGACACGCUGCCGGAGGUGCUCGCGGUGCACCCUGCAUUCCUCUUCAUGGCCGAGCAGACGGUCGGCAACGACGCCUUUCACGAGAGCGUGUACUUUGGCACGGCGGUCCGCGACGAGCAUAGCCUCGCGUUUCCCGCUCUCUGCAGGCGUUUCGUCGCCAGCAUCUACCUGUUUGAGACCCUUCUUGCGCUCGGCGAUGGCUCGCACCGCGCACUUGCACACUGGUAUGAGUCGCUGUACCUGGAGGGCUCGACGGGCGAGCGGUCGCGCCCUUUCUCGGUGCGCGACGCGCUGAUGGGCUUCUUCCUCGCCCUAAAAGGCGAGUCCGUCCUCGCCUCCAUCAACGCAUUCGAGGAGCUGCGGCGGCUGGACCGGGCCGGCGAGGCGACGGGCGUGGCGCUGCGCUCGCUGAGCGACGUCCUCAACGCAAUCAUGCGGCUCAACAUCUGCGAGGCGGUCCUCUCCAACCUCUCCUUCGCCUUCUGGCCCGACAAUGCGCGUGCGGGGAUGGCCCUUCUGCUCGCGCCGCUCGGCGCCUUUCGCGCCGGCGGCCAGCAGGACCUCUCGCCAGAGUGGCUCCGGCUCUACCUGGCGUGGAACGCCAACUUCAUCUGGCCGUCGCACUAUUGCCCCGACAUGAUGUGCUUCACCAUGCUGGCCAUGCCGUCCUUGGCCCUGGGCCCGCCCGAGCAGUUCCAGUACCGCCGCGCACACACCCUUUUUUGGGUGGUACGCUCCACGCAGAUCACGCGGAGGAUGUGCGGCGCGGAGCGCGUCGCGCGCGCGGCGGCAUUCGGCGUCCCGGCGAGCGAGUUCGAACGGCCGCCCGCCGAGCAGCAGGUGCCCUGCUUCCACUGCCGCCAGCUGGAGCCUCGCUCGGACCGGCAGCCCCUCACAAGCAGGACGGCGAAGCUCACCCGUGCCGAGGGCGAGGUGCUGGCGCGCGCGUGUGGUGGGGACGUGGGGGAGGGGAGUGGCGUAUGGCGGCGCCUCGCGCUGGAGGUUGUGCCCGAGCAGAUCACCAGUCUCACUCGCGUCUACAGUCGAAUGCCCAAGCGGGGCCUCGCCAAGCUGAGGCUGUUGUGA